AUGUUUGUUCAGCUCCGUGUAUUGAACGUAACAAAUGGAGCUAGCGGAUCGUGCAGUGGGGCUUCUAUUAUCUUCAAUCAGCUUAUCCAUAUUCACCUACUAUACGUUCUGGGUCAUCAUCCUGAUAGUGACCACUUCAUCCACAAGUACUUCUUGCCUCAAGACUAUGCGAUUCUCGUACCUGUCUUCGCUGGCGUAACUCUCCUCUCUCUUCUUUGCGUGUUCAUUGGCAUGGUCAUGCUCAAAUCUAAAAAGAAGAAGGCUUGA